GAGGGACUCAAUGAAACUUGUGGAUAACAUAUGUGUCUAAACAUAGAUUGCAUUUUUUUGAAAAAAAAGAGAUAAGAAUAACUGUACAGUUUUUUCUUUAACACUUCUGAGAUAUGUCGGUAAAAAGCAACAUAAUGUAAUAUUAUGUAAUAGAUAUAUAUAGACAUAUGUAAUACAGUUUAUUGUCCACAAAUUGAUAUUAUGUAAUUGUUGCUAAGUAUGUUUCCUGAUCUUAAUCAAUCCCAAAUAGAUGAGCUUGAUCAUAAUAAUUCCCAUGAUAUUCAUUUAGUGAAUUCAUCAUCUUCUGUAACAUUAUCAUCUUCUUCAAUGUCAUUCACUUCACCAAAAUCGACACCGACAUCGUCGUCGUCGUCAUCAUCAUCAUCAUCAUCGUUAUCAUCAUCUCCUUCGUCUGUCACUUCACCGACUUGUUUAACUGUAUCAUCCAUUCAUGAAAUUUAUCAAUGUCGUUCAUUUAUGAUACAUGAUAUUUUAGAUAAAUCUAAACAGACUACUUAUAAUACUACUAUGAAUAAUAAAGAUAAACUAUACAAAUCAUAUAAUGAACAAAUUAAAACAUUUCCAAUGAUCAAAUCAAUCAUAAAUAAUAAUGAAGAAGUACAAAUCAAUUAUGAUCAUAAUGAUUAUUUACAUGAUUAUGAACGAAAUGAUAAAUAUCAUAUGAAACGAAAAUAUACUAAUCAUAAUCAUGAGAAUGAUCAUGAUAAACGUGUAGUUACCACAGCAACAACAACAACAUCAGCCACUACCACCACCACCACCACAACAACAACAACACCAUCCUUGAUGACCAUAAAAGAAGAUUGUAAUUCAUAUAUGAAUGUAGAUAAUAAAAAUUUGUCAAUAAAUCUUAUAAAAUCUCAAUCAUAUGAACAAUAUAAACAAUCUAUGAAUGAUACAACACAAUUGAUAGAAGGGAAUUUAAAACAACUUUAUACUGUAAAAGGUUUCAAUGAAGUUACAACGAAUUCCGAUAAUACUCAAUUCAUUCUAUCAACAAUAAAUAGUCCAAAUAGUUUAAAUACAAAUGAUGAAAAUCAUAAAGAUAAUGAAUUACAAGAAGAUAAUAGUGAUAACGAUAAUGAUGAUGAUGAUGAUGAUGAAUAUUCUGAAAUGAAUUCAAAUGGAUCUUUAUAUUCAACGCAUUCAAUAGAUCCAUAUCAUAAAUUAACAUUUAUCAAGAAAAAAUCAAUAAUCUCAUCAAAAUUUGAACAUUCUAAUGAAUCACAUCGAUCAUAUCAUCCUCAUUAUCAUGAUCAUGAUCAUGAUCGUCAUCAUCAUCAUCAUAAAGAAUAUGAUCUUAAUCAUGAUAUGAAUAAAUCAAAGAAACCGCGUAAAUCUAGAACAGCAUUUACUGAUUUACAAUUAAAUGAAUUAGAGAAAAUGUUUGAUCAUCAAAAAUAUUUAAGUGUACAAGAUCGUAUUGAAUUAGCUGAACGAUUACAUUUAACAGAUACACAAGUUAAAACAUGGUAUCAAAAUCGUAGAACAAAAUGGAAACGUCAAACUGCUGUCGGUUUUGAAUUACUCGCUGAAGCUGGUAAUUUUGUAGCAGUUCAACGUAUUUUACAAACGAAUCCAUAUUGGGCAUAUCAUCCAGCAGCACAAACUAUUCUAGCUAAUAUGGAAGCAAUAAUGAAGAAGAAAACUGAUUUCAAUAUAACUGAUGAAUUAAAACAAACCAAUCAUAAUGAUAGUAAAAUGAAUUAUUUUAAGCAAAUGAAUCAUAAUGAACAUAUUAUUACCAAUACUACUAAUACUACUAAUAUUAGUAGUAGUCCUACUACAACCACUACUACUAACACUACUACUAUUACUACUAAUACUACUUAUAAUCAUCAUUCAAGAUUAAAUGAUCAAGAGUCACUUUCUUUUAAAUCGAUUGAAUUCAAUCAUCAAAUACCAUCUUCAUCAUCCGCAUCCUCAUUAUUAUUCCAAUCAAAUGAUCUUAAUCAUCAAUUAGAAAAUUCUUCAAAACUAAAUUCAUCAAUGAAAUUACCAAUCACUAUAGGAACUUCUACUUUACCAUUAAGAACUACUACAACAACUACGACGACGACGACUACGACUACUACUACUACUGCCACAAAUACAGUAGAUAGUACAUCAUUAGCGGAACUUCCAGAUUGGUGGCCUUUUAAAUCAACUAUAAAAGAUUUAAUACAAUAUCAAAAUACAUUGUCUUCUUCUUCAACUAUUACCACUCCUACUACUACUCCCACUACUACUCCUACUACUCCUGCUAUCUCAACAUUAUCCUAUUGUCCUAUAGUGAAUUCAUCUAUCAUAGAUACAACUAAAUUAUUACAAUUGGAUUUAUCAAUGAAUUCAACAAUAUCAUCAUUUAAUCUACAACCUUAUACAUCAAUGAAUCUAUGGUCAACAUUCAAUACAAAUGAUCUAUUAUCAAUUACACAAAAUAUACCAUUAUUUAAUAAUUUAUUACGUCAUCAUUGUAUCAUAACAAAAGAUUAA